AUGUUUGAGCGCCAGUACUUUGAACACCCACGGUGCCACGUACUUCAGCGCAAUCGUGGCAACAAUGAGGCUGUUGCAGGCCCUCCCUCUGUCUCUCACAUAGGGGAGGCAGUGAGCGAACAAGAAACGGGGCUUCUGAGCGAUAAGAAGGGCGUACCAAAGAGAUCCGUGUCUGCGCUCAUGUUGCUGGGUAUUAUGUACACAUAUACUACAUCCGGAGCCUAUGCGAUUGAGGAAACUGUACUGGGUGGGGGGCCGCUUCUUACCUUACUUGCCGUCACGUUGAUUCCGAUUCUGAUGGCGUUUCCUACUGCAGUGGUUGUUGCUGAGCUUGCGACUGCAAUUCCAUCCAAUGCGGCCUAUUUAAUGUGGAUUAACCUUUCCUUUCACCGUGUCGUCUAUUUCACGAUGGUGAUUCUAUCCCUAUUGCUAAUGUUUGUCGAUAAUGCACUUUAUCCAGUGCUUUUCUCCGACUAUGUAUGCGCUUCGGUCCCUUGCUCCACUGCAACAAGCAGAGCGCUUCGUGCUGGCAUGCUGUUUCUAACGUACAUCUUGAACGUGUUGGGGAUACAAGCAGUUGGGACAGCCAGCGUUGUGCUGACUGUCAUCACCAUUAUUCCGUUUUUGGUGAUGUUCACUAUGUAUCUUGUUAACAACACCUUUUAUUUGAACUGGCCAGCUAUAAGCUUCAUUCCGCCCGAAAUUGAUUGGCCAACCUUUGUUUCCACGGCAUCAUGGAAUCUUUGCGGUCUAGAACAGGCUGCCGCAGUCUCCGAGGAAAUUAAGGCCCCGCAUCGAACUAUUAUUCGUGCGCUUAUUCCGCUUUUGGGACUAGCGUAUUUCACCUAUAUCCCCCCUAUCCUGACAGGCGCAAGUGUGAAGAAAGGUCCACCUGACUUACCUGAAUGGACGACGGGGUACUGGUCAAUUGUUGCCGCGAAGAUCGGUGGGGUUCCACUACAGGUUUUCCUGGUUGUCGGAAGUGGUUUUUCAGCAUUCGCACUGAUGCUCUCGUCUCUAUGCACGACGACACAAACCAUCGCUGGUGUUGCGUACACGGAGGUUUUCCCAGGGCCCGUGAACCGGAUAUUGUACACGCGCAAUGAGCGUUUUGGCACCUUUCAUUGGACAAUAACGAUUAACGCCCUUAUCACAGGCAUUUUCAGUGUGUUUUUUGAUUUUGGGCCGCUUGUGAAAACGGACCAGGUUUUGUAUGGCAUACGCGUGGUGAUGAUAUUUCUGGCUUUUUUCAUCAUGCGCCACCGCUACCCGCAACUGACUCGUCCAUUCAGAGUGCCACUGGAGGGGUACAAGCUUGGUGUAUUGCUUUUCCCAACGAUUCUUUUUGUGGCACUGACAGUGGUUGCGGCCACUGAUGAUCUUCAGACGAUUAUAGUAAAUUUAUCGGUAAUUUCCGGCACCAUCCUGCUGUCGUGUAUUUACUGUUUCUUUAUUCGCAAGGGGGAAUUCUACGGGCGAGUGGUGACGGAGACCGUUGAGGAGCUGGCGGAGGGUUGA